GAAAAAGAGAUGAUUGAAUGAUUGAAUGAAGGAUUGUUGCUUUCCACCUGCAGAAGUAGAUCUGUUACUUUCAGUGUUUCUGUUGAAGAGUAGAUGAGGUUGUUCCGUUCAAGUUGUGUUGUGUCGAGGUGUGUGUCUGGCUUAUGUCAGAGCUUUGAGCCUGCAAUUUCUCGGCAGGCAGUGGCCUGUGCUCUCCCUAUUUCGUCCAUGGCCCAAUACACGCCACUGUCGAACAAAUCAUGUGAUUACAUCACGAAUGAACAGGGAUCAACUCACUUGGUCUGGAAGACAAAACCGUCAAAUGUUCUAAUAAUUAAGAAAAUACGUGCUGCUGAGGUUCAGAAAGCGUUCAAGCAACUUGUCCUGUACCUAUGUCAGGAGAAGCAGCUUUGUGUGACAGUAGAGCCAUGCGUCUUUGAGGAAUUCACGGGCGACGACGAGUUUUCUUUGGUCUCCAAGGACCUGAAGAAGCUAGACUUUGAUUCUCCAAGUUGCAUUGACGACAUUGACUUCAUAGUUUGCCUUGGUGGUGACGGCACUCUUCUUUAUCUCUCCUCGUUAUUUCAGGAGUAUGUUCCACCUAUUAUUCCAUUCCAUCUUGGCUCACUUGGGUUUCUCAUGACGCACGCAUUUGCUGAUUUCGAAGAAACUCUGGAGCGUACAUUGUCCGCAUCAGCUGACUCUCCUCUGGGUGUCACUGUGCGGGUUCGCUUGAACUGCGAAUUGCAGCUGGCAAGCGAAAGUGAACAGCUACCCACAUCAACAGAAUGCCGCCGGGUGUCCCCAAGCGGCUACACGAUAGUGGGACCACAGACGAGGGUAGCUCGAAUGGCAGCAUUAAACGAGGUUGUUAUUGAUCGCGGAUCAUCGCCGUACCUGACUGGCUUGGAGCUGGCAUGCAAUGGCAAAUAUGUAGCCGACGUGCAAGGCGAUGGCGUGAUCAUAGCUACUCCAACGGGAAGUACAGCAUACGCCGCAGCAGCUGGUGGUCCUAUGGUAGAGCCUGGAGUGCCUGGCAUCACCAUUGCGCCAAUCUGUCCACAUUCUCUCUCGUUUCGUCCCGUUGUUGUUAGCUUACAACGCAACGUUCAGGUUCGUAUCCCAGAAUCAAGUCGCAUGUCGGCAUGGGUGUCCUGUGAUGGGAGAAAUCGGCAGCAGCUUCAACCUGGUGAUGGUGUUCAGAUUACAUCUCACCUCUGGCCUAUGGCAUGCAUCAACAAGAAGGAGACCACAGCAGACUGGUUCACUGGGCUGGCCGAAUGUCUGCAAUGGAACGCUCGGCUGAAACAAAAGCCACUGAUGUAGGCGUCCAGUGAGACUGGGCCUUCUUGCUGUCUUGUUAGUGUCUUGUUAGUGUCUUGUUCUGGCUUAGGGUAGUAGAAUUAGUUGUCCCCAGCACUAUCUGUGUUCGUCAUUGUAACUGUUCUGUUGGUGUCUUUUUCGACUUUUUGUAUCUCUUCUUCAAGACUGAACUUAUCUCUGCACGAAGCAGCAGAGCUGCUCACAGUGAUGGUGUGCCAGUAUUUUUCUGUUUGUCAUUGUCCUUGUCUUCCCUUUGUUGCGACGGUUCCCUGUUCUCUUGUUGGACUCGGUGGCUGGACGUGAGUGUGUGUGUCUGUAUCUACAUGUCACAUCUUGUGCGUGUAGCAUGGAGAUUUGCUUAACUGGUUGCCAUUUUCUCUAUUUUUCUGCCCAACCAGUUGCCAUUUUCUCAAUAUUUUUUAACUUAUGUUUUUCUAUUGGAUACUGGAGUUGAUCUCUGAUAGUCCAUCCCCCCUAGUGGCUGGUUCAUGCAAGUCUGGUUCAUGCUGUUAUAUUUCAGUGUCAGCCUUUUUAAGUAUUGAAUGCUGUCUUAUUUACAAAUUUGUGCAUAGGUUUGGUAGCCGGAUCAACAAUUCUUCAUUUUUUUAAACGCAUUAUCACUAGCACAUGUUUGCACUUGCAUUCAAUACCUGCAAUGCAAUUUUCCGCAAGUCCUAGAAAUCAGGUUCACAGUUUGCAGGUUUGAAAGGAUAUCGAGUACCAGA